AUGCUCUUCCGCACCGCCAUCAUCUCUGGCCUUCUUGUCGCGCUCAGCAUGACGAAUAGCGUCGAAGCCAGGAAGUGUGCUUGCCAAGGAGGCCCACCCAACUCACAGGCAGCGUGCAGUGCCAUCGGCGCAUCAUAUGGGUAUGGGUGCGGUUUUAGUGGAUGCUGCGUCAACCCAGGAACCCAGGAAUCGAGGUUUAGGAGCAUGUGCGUGGAACUCGGUUUUGGAUUCUUGCGGUGCAACGAGUGCCCGACAUGCUAG